CUUCCCUCCUUUCUUUUUCUUUUUCUUUUUCUUUUUUUUUUUCUAUUACUCAACAAAACUAAUGGCUUUAAAAUAUGGUUAUGAAAUGGAAUCGUCUACUGGAACAGUUGGACAUUUGGUAGCACCUCCAUUAUUAUCCAAAAAGAUAACAUUAGCGACUGGCAAUAAUACAAACAAGUGGUUAUUUUAUGGUACUCGUCAACAGAUAUUGGAUUGGAUGCGUGAUCAUAAGGAUUUAGAACUUGAAAAUGGAUUAUUCUCAACCCUAGGUGCCAACAAAAAACCUUCCACUUUUCACACACAUACAGAACUUGUGAUCGACUUGCAAUAUUAUCCAGACGCUGAACAAUCUUAUUACAACUAUUGCAAAUCCUUUUUCGUUAGUGAUUACAAUGUAGAACGAGUAAGAGUGGAAAUCCGACCAAGAAUCGAAAGCAAGGACAAAAUGAUCGAAUCUUUAUGUCGAACCAUUGUAGCAAGCGGCUCCCGAUUAGGCGAUAUUGUGGAUGAUUUGGAAACAGAAUGGAACAGUCCUGCCAAGUCUUACUAUCAACAAACUGUCGAUGUCUUUACUGAUGCACCUCCACCUACCCAUGUCCUCAGCGCUGAUCCUCCCUCCUCUAUUCGUGUCAAUACCAACGAUUCUAAUAUUGUGACUCAAUAGUAUCUUGUUUUUUGAUUUUAUUCAUCGUGAUUAUUGCUAUCCUUAUUAUUUUGGUGACACAUAUUGUUAUGUCAUGAUGUCUUGUUUUAUAUAUAUAUAUUUGAAAUAAAUUUUUAUAAUUUUUACCCAUUU